AUGACCAUGGUCCUUGAGGCAGGAAAGGCCGCAGAUGAGAAGUUCAGAGGCAGUUUGGGGCCGAACAGAGCGCUGCAUUGUACCUGUUCCUCCUUUGCAGACCCAGUGGAUGUGCUGCGAGCUCUGCAGGUUCCCUCUCUCCCCGAAGGCGUGAAGAAAGUGCCUGGUUUCUGCACCUCUCGCCGAUCCGGCUCCCCUGACCAUGCCUUCCGGAUCUCCAAGCGGGCGCAGAUCUCUGCCCCGACUAAGCAACUCUUUUCAGGUCGUUUCCCUGAGAACUUCUCGAUUAUGGCUCUGGUUAAAGCUCAUGCAGGUCUGCAGGCCUUCCUCCUCUCCAUCUACAGCGAACAAGGAAUCCAGCAGCUGGGCAUCGAGAUGGGACGCUCCCCUGUGUUUCUGUACGAGGACCAGAAUGGAAAACCUGCUCCUGAGGACUACCCACUGUUCCGAGGCGUCAACCUGGCUGAUGGCAAAUGGCAUCGCAUUGCUUUCUCAGUUUCCAAGAAAAACGUGACUCUGCUGCUGGACUGUAAAAAGAAGAUGACCCGUCCUUUGGCGCGUGGGAAUAAUGCUGAAGUGGACACCAAUGGAAUCACUGUUUUUGGAGCCCGUCUUUUGGAUGAGGAGGUUUUCCAGGGUGACAUCCAACAGCUGUUGAUCGCCUCGAACCCUCAGGCUGCAUAUGACUUCUGUGAGCACUACAGUCCAGACUGUGAUUCCCCACUGCCCAAGACCCAGGCCCAGGACCCGAACGUCUAUUACUUUGAUGAGGAGCAGGAUGACCAUGAAUACCCUUAUUAUUAUGAGGAAACAGUCAUUACUCCCUCCCCUGUGCCCCCUCUCCUUCACUUGAAGCCUCUAACCAACGGGGCUGCAAAAGCUUCUAUAGCCAAGACCACCGUGAAGGUAGAGUUUGUCAAAGUGAAGACGACAAAAGCACCUCCAGCUAAGCCCACGGUGACCCAGGCCAACGUGGUCGAAAAGAUGACCGUCAAGAAGGUGGUGACGACAUCAGCGCCUGUACGACCGACGCCCCCAAGACCCACCAAACCAAGAGUGGUGGACAAUAAUGUGAAAUCGCAGCACAAACCAUUCCCUCCGUUUGGCUCGACUAAUCUGGGAGGAACUGCCAACCCGGCCAAGAAAAUCACCAAUGGCUAUCAGCAGGAUGUAGAUACAGAGUAUUCGGAGGCUGGCCACACCCCUACAGAGCCUGAUUAUUUCUAUGAGGAGACGAUUCCAGAGGGUGAGGUGAUUGCAGAAGAAGAGGCCGAGGUUCAGCCCGACGUGGACCCAUCCUUGUAUGGAGCCGAGGUAGAUGCCACCAAAGCGGGCGGUUUUGGUGAGGAGGCCUUCACUGAGGAGUAUGUGACUGGGGAUGUGGGCCUGAAGGAGUACGACUAUUCCUACAGGGACUACCACGAGCCGCUAGUGGAAACAGGAGAGAUGGAUGCCAACAUGGGCCCGGCUCUGUCUGCUGUGACAGACGAAGAAGGCGCCGCAGCCAGGGGUCAGAAAGGAGCAAAGGGAGAACCUGCUGUGCUUGAACCUUCCACUGCUGUUUUACAGGGAAUGCUGAUUGAAGGCCCACCUGGACCUGAGGGACCAGCUGGCCCCACUGGUCCCCCCGGCUCGUCUGGACCUCCUGGUUCUGUUGGUGACCCUGGUGAGAGGGGCACUCCUGGUAAACCUGGUCUCUCUGGUGCGGAUGGUGUCCCUGGUCCUCCUGGUUCCUCUGUCAUGCUGCCAUUCCGCUUUGGUCAGAGCGGUGGAGAUAAGGGUCCUGUGGUUUCAGCUCAGGAGGCACAAGCAGCCGCCAUCUUGUCCCAGGCUCGGGGCCUCCUGGACCAAUGGGUUACACAGGACGUCCCGGACCUUUGGGUGGUCAGGGAAGUCCUGGUCUUAAGGGAGAAAGUGGAGAUCCCGGCCCUCAGGGCCCCAGGGGACAACAGGGCACAAUGGGACCUCCUGGAAAAUCAGGAAGAAGGGGUCGAGCUGGAGCCGAUGGAGCCAGAGGUAUGCCAGGGGAGUCUGGAGCUAAGGGUGACCGAGGCUUUGAUGGUCUCCCUGGUUUGCCUGGCGACAAAGGGCACAGGGGUGACACUGGCCCAUUGGGACCUCCAGGAACUCAAGGAGAGGAUGGGGAGAGGGGAGACGAUGGAGAUGUUGGACCCAGGGGUCUCCCAGGUGAACCCGGACCUCGUGGUUUGCUUGGCCCCAAAGGUCCAGCUGGAAUCCCCGGGCCCCCUGGUGUUCGAGGGAAUGAUGGAAACCCUGGUCCCAAAGGAAACUUGGGUCCACAAGGAGAGCCAGGCCCUCCGGGACAACAGGGAACUCCAGGAACUCAAGGCAUGUCUGGGCCUCAGGGCCCUCUUGGACCUCCAGGGGAAAAAGGUCCAACUGGAAAACCUGGACUACCUGGGAUGCCAGGAGCUGAUGGCCCACCAGGCCAUCCAGGAAAAGAGGGACCAGCUGGAACCAAAGGAAACCAUGGGCCAAAUGGUCCUCAAGGAUCUAUCGGUUAUCCUGGUCCUCGUGGCAUCAAGGGAGCUCAAGGAAUACGUGGAUUGA